AGCAAGCAAGCAAGCAAGAAACCGAAACAGCAGCAGCAGCAGCAGCAUGUAAAACUGAUGCAAAGCUCCUAUUGACUAUGAUCUGACUGACUGACUGACUGACUGAAUGAAUGAAUGGAGUUAAUGCAAGCCUUGAGGGAAAGGUGGACUUCUUCUUAUUGGUAGUAUUGUAGGCUAUGAGUGUGGAUGAUGGAGGACAAUCAAUGUGGGGACUUGGAUUACCUGAUCCAAGACGAGGACACCCUCAUAGAAGGUGUUAGCAACCAGGUCUUAUUUGUUGUGGUGCUCAGUGUCACCUUCCUCGCAGGCCUCCUCACUCUGCUCUGCAGACAAGAGGAGCAGAACAUUCAUCCUGAGAAUCAGGAACACGUUCGAGCCGUCCGACAACAGCUCCAGACAGAGCAGGAUGAAAAUAAUCAGUCGGAGGCCAGGCAGCAGUAUUACACAGACAUGUCUUGUCCUGUGUGUUUACAGCAGGCUGUUUUGCCUGUAGAAACUAAUUGUGGACACCUUUUCUGUGGCUCCUGCCUCAUAGCUUACUGGAGGUAUGGCACCUGGCUGGGUGCUAUUAACUGCCCCAUCUGCAGACAAAUGGUAACAUUGCUCUUUCCAUUAUUUCAUGAGCAUGCCACUCCUCAGAGGGUCCAGGAUGGCGAGGCAGAACCUCUGCUGAUAUUAAGAGACAUUAACGAUUACAAUCGCAGGUUCUCAGGCCAGCCAAGAUCUUUCAUGGACAGGCUGCGGGAUGUGCCCACCCUACUUCGCCAUGCCUUCAGGGAGAUGUUUUCUGUGGGUGGCCUCUUCUGGAUGUUCAGGAUUCGAAUUCUUCUCUGCCUAGUCGGCGCUCUAACGUACCUGGCCUCACCGCUCGACAUCCUCCCCGAAGCACUUUUCGGUCUCCUGGGGUUCAUGGACGAUUUCUUUGUAAUACUACUCCUCUUUGUGUACAUCUCUAUCAUGUACAGAGAGGUGGUCACACAGAGACUGAACGGCUAGGUGCUCAGAGGAGAACGCGGCAUCUGAGGCGGACAUGUAAUUGUCAAUAAACGCUUAAAGGACAAUAGAUUAACUGUGCCGGUUCUCUCGCAGAGGUUUACUCUGGAGGCUGGGAUGUUACUUCAUCAAAGGAGGGGGGUUAGCAAAGGUGUGAACUCUGUAUAUAGAAUUCACCAUUGAUGUUCACAGCAGAAAGAUGACUAUGAAGGGAUGUGAUGAUGUAAAUAUGUACUUUGAACCAGAAAGAGCAAUCUUGUUGGACACCUAACUGAAUGACUAGUACUACUACCAGCCAAUUGUAUGACUGCAUUGCCAAAAGCAGUCAUUUGGAUAUCAUGCAUAUCAUAAUGGAGACAAAUGUGUAAUAUAAUGUGAUCUGGAAUGUACCAUAUUGAUGGAAAUGUCUUGACUAUAUGCAUUUAAAGUUGGCUGUCUGCAUCUGGAUUGUUUACUGUCAGACAAGUACCAUCUUCCUGUGGUUCUCGCAGCUUGCUUGUAAGUAACUUGUGACUAUGCAUAUUCAUAAUGACUUGAAAAACACAGCUUCCUGUGUGACUGGUUUUACCUCGGACAGUUUACAUGUAUUGAUCAAAUUAAACCUGCUGCAUGCAUCCACGUGAACUGCCAACCCGCAGGACAACCUGACCUUCGCAGUGACAACUUCUUAAUUGGCAGAUUUGAAUUCAAGAAAUGAAAAAACUGAAUAAUAAAAAAGAAGCAAACCAAAGGUAUAAAAAGACUCAAGUUAUGAAUGUUAACUAAUCACUUAAUUGUGAGUUUGGAUGUUGGUCUCGUGUGGGGUCUUUCAGUCUUAAUCAAAUUCCAAGUCAGUUGUACACAAUUCUUUUCAGUCUUCAGUCAAUGUUUGAAACAUCAGUGUCCUAUGUUUUUAAAUCUGAAAGUAAAUUUAAAACAAUAUUUCAAAAUGAA